CACACGUGAUAUAAGAAUACUGUUGUUAUUGGAUAUAUAGAAUGAACAAUAGAAGUAAAAGAAGCCCUUUUUCUCAUUUUUCUUCUUCUUCUUCUUUUGAUAGCAAUACAAUGGCACCCUUAAAGAAAAGAAAAGGAUCCACUCAAACACUAUUGCCUUAUCCUCAGUUAGUCCCUUCUUCUUCUUCUUCGUAUUAUCCAGUCUAUCCACCAGCUUAUUAUGUACCUGUUCAUCCUGUGAGUCUAUCACCCACAUCCAAUAUUCAGCCUAUUUUACCUAAAUCACCUACAUGUCUUGUUCCAUCUACAGCAGAUCAAAGAGAACAAGCACGUAAACUAUCUCAUAGUGCUAUUGAACGAAGACGUCGAGAAAAAAUCAAUGAUAAAAUACUUCAAUUAAAAGAACUGAUUCCAUCAUGUGCAGAUCGUGAUCAUCUUCACAAGAUGACUAUUCUUCAAAGUGCGAUUGAAUACAUUGACUAUCUUAAGAACAUAGUGAAGCAACAUGAAUUAAUGACUAUUCAAUCCAAAGACAAUCAACAAGACAAAGAUCAAAACAUGAACCUUGAAAAUAUGCUAUGUUAAUGCGAUACCAAAAAAAAAAAAAAAAAAAAAAA